AAAAGGUUGGUGCUUCUUAUUUCAACAGCUUUUUAUUAAUAAAGAAAUUAAAGGAAGAGUAUUGUAGAAUGGUACAACUAUUUAAAUUUCUGCUUAAAGCUGAAAAGAAACCGGUACGUGAACACCUACGUAACGCAUUCAUUGAUGGUCUGCGUUUAACAGUGCGUGGUGGCCACGGAGGUAAUGGCAUACCGAAAUAUGGCGGCAUUGGUGGACAAGGCGGUUGUGUGUAUUUCGUGGCGAAAGAAGAUGUGAGCUUACGAAAUGUGGAGAAGAAGUACAAAACGAAACGCAUAGCUGCGUCAAGUGGCGAAGAUAGUAGUAAAGUUCGUAUCCUUGGACGACGCGGCCUGGACGAACGCGUUGAAGUGCCGCUGGGUGUUCAAGUGUUCGACGAAAAAGGUCAGCUAUUAGGUGAUUUAAAUGAAGAUGAUGCCAUAUGCAUAGCAGCAGGUGGUGGUGCUGGUGGAUGUACGGGUAAUAAUUUUUUGGGUGCGCCUGGUGACCAUCGUACUGUACGCUUAGAUUUGAAACUAAUUGCUGACGUAGGACUUGUUGGCUUUCCAAAUGCUGGUAAAAGCACAUUGCUUAAAGCGAUAUCAAAUGCAAACCCAAAAAUAGCUUCGUAUCCCUUCACUACCAUACGACCACAAAUAGGCACUGUGGAAUAUCCCGAUUUACGCCGCCUAACUAUAGCUGAUUUACCCGGCCUGAUUGAGGGCGCACACGCCAAUAUUGGUAUGGGUCACAAAUUCCUUAAGCAUGUCGAACGUACACGUCUCCUACUUAUUAUGGUUGAUAUAUUUGGUUUUCGCUUAAGCGCACAACAUACAAAACGAAACUGCAUUGAAAAUAUUUAUGCACUAAAUAAAGAAUUGGAAUUGUACGAUGCAUCACUGUUGGAUAAGCCAUGCGUGUUGCUUUUGAAUAAAAUGGAUGUGAAAGGUGCACCCGAGUUGCUUAAAAGUGUAAAGUCAGCAAUUAAGAACCUGGAAAGUGGUUUAGAAAAUUGUCCGGAGGAAAUAAGGCCAACAAAGCUUUUUAAUUUUGAGCGUGUCAUACCAAUUUCCGCGCAAAACAUAAAACGUAUUGAUGCCGUUAAAACAGAGCUGCGAAAUGUGCUCGAUAGUCUAGCAGAAGAAAAGUAUGUGGCUGACGCUUUGGAAGUACGCACGCAAUUGCAAAGAAAAGUAGGCGAGCGUGGACCUAAAAUAACUUAAGUGAUCAGUAAUUGUUCAUAUAUUAUAGUAUAGUAGUUUUUAAACUUACAUAUUCGAGUAAAGAAUAAAAUGUUGAAAUAAGUGACACAAAUAGACAAACAA